UCUCUGAGCUCCAGUGUCAAUUCCUCACACGUUCUGUUGUGCUCCUCGCCCAGUUUCCUGUGAAUUAGAACAUCCACGUUGAUACAGAUAGGGGACUUUCGGGACUGUCGCCUUAUGUUUCAUAACGUAUAAAUAAAUAGAUUAAACAUUUCAGCAAGUGGGAAUACUUUGAGCGUCCGAAUGUCUGGACAAAACAUCGACCAGUUGCAUCGCUCUACUUUGGGCAUAUAUGCGCAGAGCCUGAUGGAUCAGUUCAACCCAAGUCUACAGAAGCUAGUGUCUUUGGGAAACAGCUACAUGCAGGCUUUCCAAGCCCUCGCGGUAACCAGCGAGGCUUACUUCAGCACCCUUGCUAAGAUAGGGGAGCAGGCCUUCCACACCAUGUCGUCUUGCUUGAUUGGAGAUGUCCUGAUUCAGAUUUCAGAGAACCAGAAGCGACUCACCACUGAACUGGAAGCAAUAUUCCGCUGGUUCCACUCUGAGGUGCUGCAGGAGAUGGACAACAAUGUCAAACUGGAUAAGGACUACAUAGCAGGCAGCAGGAGGCGAUAUGAGAUGGAGGUACGGACCCAGGCCACAUCUUUGGAGAGGCAGCUGAGGGGAGGGGCUUACAAGGAUGAGUACAUUCACUUCCUGAGGGAUAGUCAGCGUGAGGCUCUGAUGGAGGAGGAAAGGAGAUACCGUUUCCUGGCUGAGAAACACUGUGGUCUCACUCAGUCCGUCGUCUAUCUCAUGAACAAGACAGGGGCAGGGGGAGGCCUACAGCAGAUAGCUGACGGAUGGAGAGACCAGGUCAAUGCCACCAGAGGACCUGGAUCCCAGAACCCCUCUCGCCUGGACCAGGACAACACGUUCAGAAUGAGGGAGGAGGAAAGGGGGAGCCAAUGGUCAGGCAAAGAGGAGCAGCCUCUGGGAAGAGUGCCCUCCAGAGUCAGGGCUGGUUCCCAGCUGCCUUUGUGGGGCCACUGGAGGAGGCCCCUAGAUCAACUGGCUCCAGUAGCGCCACCCUUAGGAACGCCCACAGUAUGGACAACCUGCUGGACCAAUCAGGAAGCAGCAGCCACGGCAGACCCCCGCCCCCGCCUCCACCCAAUAGACAGACAGAGAUGCGUCCAAUCACACCCAUCAUGGAGAGAAGGGCAGAAUCUCACUCUGACAACAAGAGAGGAGAGCGCCAUGGUGCACCUGGGCCAAACCUCUUCCCAAAGGGCACUAACCCUUUCGCCACUGUCAAGCUGAAGCCCACAUCCACAGAUGACCGAUCUGCUCCAUGGCUCCGUCGGUGAAGAGGCCACGCCCUGGAGAGGUACUGGGCGUGUUCCAGGUUGACUACAUUUCAGUCGUUGGAUUGCAUCAAACAAUGGUUUCAUGCCACUUUAUUGACUGUGCAGCCGACUGCUAUAUCAUAUGAUUCACUGAUCUGUUAAAUAAAUAUUUAUCCAGGCGGGUCUGAAAUGUAGUCAGCAUGAAACACGCGUCCACUACCAUGCAGCAGGGGUUUUAGGGUUGAUGCCCUAAAACUGCCCCAAACCUUCCCACAUGGAUGAAAACUGUCUUAAAACUGCCCCAAAUUUUCCCUAAGCAGCCCCUAAUACCAAUCUUAGUAGGUUAUUUAUAUCCAUAUUAUGGAGUUUAUCGGAUGACUACAGUGAUAAAGGAAGUUCAGGGGGCAAUGUAAGAUGGGGGGGGGGGGUUAUUGAACAACCAAUUGACCGACGUUGGUUAUUUUAUCAGAAUUCCAUAUAGUUAUUUUUUUGUGAGCCCAACGUGCCGUUUCUGUAAAGAGAAAUCAAAUAAUUCACAAGAGAAAGUAAGUCAAUAACUAUGUGGGAUGCUUGGCUGUAGCAUUAAGCCAAUACUUAAACCUAAUUCAGCAUAUACAUUUGGUAAUUAACUACAAUGUUAGAUACACACAGACCAAACAGACCGCAUGAGAGGAAUGUAGACAACACAAUGACGAGAGAGGUAGAGACAAUACGUGAAAGUGUUCCUUAUCUCCUUUGAAGAACGAGUAAAAUGAUUUCAGCAGACUGCCCUGCAGCAUUAUUAGACAGGCUAGCCUAGCUAAACAGGAUGACAAAAGACAGUACAGUAUGGGGAGCACAGAGAUAAUGUAACGUUAGAUGGUCAGGCUGGCUGGCUGCUACUACUUGAGCAGAGAUGAGGUGAUGACUUUAAGAACUGAAAAAUGAUAAAGUCAUCAGAUAAAACAAAGUAAUGUACACAAUGUGAAAUAUGUUAUUAUUAUCAUAGUAAUUUUCUAUUGAUGUCUACCCAAUGUGGACCUGACAGAGACAAUGGAAUAAUUGUAAUGUUUUGGCAAUUGAAUGUUCACUAUUUUUGGUUUGUAAUUUCCAUUAAAAAGUUUUAAAAUCA